CCUUGCAAGAAAAGGAAAAGGUCCCCAAAUAACUUGCCAAAUAUUUAGGGUUCUAAGUUAAGGUAGGAGGAGGAAAGGAGGAAAGGAGGAUGUUUCUAGUGGAUUGGUUCUAUGGCGUCUUAGCGAGCCUAGGGCUGUGGCAGAAGGAGGGCAAGAUCUUGUUCCUAGGGCUCGACAACGCCGGCAAGACGACGCUGCUACACAUGCUCAAGGACGAGAGACUCGUCCAGCACCAGCCGACGCAGUACCCGACCUCGGAGGAGCUGAGCAUAGGCAAGAUCAAGUUCAAAGCGUUUGAUCUGGGCGGUCACCAGAUCGCUCGUCGCGUCUGGAAGGACUACUACGCCAAGGUUGAUGGCAUCGUCUACUUAGUGGACGACGCUGACAAGGAGAGAUUUCCCGAGGCAAAGAAGGAGCUCGACGCUCUCCUCGCGGACGAUUCUCUCUCGCAGGUCCCUUUCCUGGUCCUGGGAAACAAGAUCGACAUUCCUUACGCAGCGUCCGAGGAGGAGCUCCGCUGGUUCUUGGGUCUAAGCCACACCACUGGCAAAGGCAAGGCGGACCUCAACAGUAACGUCCGCCCCAUCGAGGUCUUCAUGUGUAGCAUCGUCCGGAAGAUGGGUUAUGGCGAAGGCUUCAGGUGGCUGUCUCAGUACAUCAAGUGAGAGCUGCCUGGUUUGUAAGUCUCGAUCGCUCGACUUUAUACAUUUGAUCUCAUCUUCCUCUUUAUCGUU